UGAAUGACAUAUUUAACAUUGAAUUUUGCAUAUUGGAUUUAUAUUUUAUACUUUCAUUUUGAAAUUUGAUGGAAAAACAAAUAAUUUAGCCAUAAAAAGAGAAAAAUGCUAUUGAUACGGAAAGUUAAUAUUUCUUAAAAUUGUGGGUGUGGGCGAUACUAGGUGGAUAUGUUAAGAUAAAGAUAAUAAUAGCUAUUUAUUAAACAUAAAUUGUUAUUACAAGAAAUAAGUCGGAUAAAGAAGUGAGAUCCAAGAGAUAGAAGAUAUAGUACUCAUGGAGACUUACUUGUAAAAAUUGUGUUAUUACCUUUUACAUUCAGCUUUUGAUUUAUCAACCUAUAUUAGAUUAUAUUUUAACAAUGACAAAGGAAGAAGAGGAUACAACUUGGUUGAUUGAACUGGAAUCGGCGCUCUUAGAUGGUUGCUCAUCAUAUGAAAUAAACAACAUAACAAAAGGUAAAAGAAUUCCUGAUAGCCUUCGGGCUGAUAUAUGGCUGGUGUGUCUUAAUUGUCAGGACAGUGCCAACCAAUUACUUAUGUUUGACGAAAUUUUUGAUUUGACUAACCAAAAUGAUCUAAGAGAUGAUGUAAAAAAAUUUGUUCAGAAACUAGACAAUGAUGAUGAUGAAAAGUUGUCGGUAAUUUCAGACAUUGAGUCAAUCAUAACAUUCUAUUGUAAAUCGAAAUCACUAAACUAUGCAUCAAGUAAUGGCUGGGUAGAAAUAUUGUAUCCACUUUUAAGUUUAAAAUUGCCACGCUCUGAUACAUACAACCUUUUUGAAAAGAUAUUAAAGUUAUACAUUCCAAGUGGAUGUGUGGCUAAUGGUGUACCUUUUCACAUUUUAAGAUUGAUUAUUCAAUAUCAUGAUCCAGAACUAUGUUCUUUUUUGGAUACUAAAAGGAUUACACCUGAGCAAUACUGUAUGCCAUGGCUUCGGUCUCUGUUCUCCGGGACUUGUAACUUGGAAGUAGUUCUAUUUAUGUGGGAUUUAUACUUCCAGAGGUCUGACCCCUUUUUUAUAUUCUUCUUAUGUUUAAUAAUGAUCAUAAAUGCAAGAGAACAACUAUUGCAAAUGAAAGAGGAUGGUAAAGCAACUAUAAUUGAAUGCUUAAGAAAAAUGCCUCAGGAUUUGGAUGCUAAUGAUGUUUCAGAUUUCUGUUCUUUAGCUCAUUACUAUUCUCUAAAGACACCAGUUUCAUUCCGUGAAGAUGUGCUAGAGGUAUUGUUCUCUGAUUGUGGACUUGAAAUAAAUUCAAAGCUCUAUUCUCAAGCUUUAUGUCUUCCAUUGGCUGUCCAUGAACUUAUUGAGAGUGCUACCAUUGACAGUAUGGAUACAGAUACUGUCAAGUUUUUUUUAGUUGAUUGCCGGCCAGCGGAGCAGUACAAUGCUGGUCACUUAUCGACAGCCUUCCAUCUUGACUGCAACCUCAUGCUGCAAGAACCUAAUGCUUUUAACACAGCAGUACAAGGCUUGCUGAGUGCCCAAAAGCAAGCUCUAGCUGCAGGCUCACUGGCAGCUGGUGAACAUUUAUGUUUUGUCGGGUCGGGUAGAACUGAAGAAGAUAGCUAUGCUCAUAUGGUCGUGGCAUCUUUCCUGAAAAGAAAUAUAAAGCACGUGUCUAUGCUCGACGGCGGAUUCGUUGCGAUUCACGAUUACUUUGGACCGCACAUGACUGAUUGUUUAGAGGAUCACAAUCAAGCAAAGUGUUUAGUGUGCGCUCCCAAUAAUAAUAACGUACAUUCGGAGUUAAGGGAAACAAAGAGAAGAGAAAACAUACCAGCUAUUCAGUUGUUCGGCAAGUUAUCGUCAGCAAUGAGGGCUAAAAGUCAGGAGGUCAAAGGAAAGUUAAUUGAGUACAUAGUUAAUCCAAAUUCGCAGAGUAACACAAGCGAUUGGCACGUAUCCACAUCUGAUCGAAAGGAUAGCCGGUACAGGAAUGUGCCACCUGUGUUUACCAUUAAUGAUGAUGACGACGAGUCUUACUCUGAUGUGCGACCGGACCCAGCCGAGCUCGCAGACGAGAUCGUACAAACGCAGUCUUUUCUUAAAGGACAGAAUGUGAUCAAUAGUUUUCAAUGUCAAGAAGUGUUAUACAAUGGUUAUAUGUAUGACUCAUACCUUGUAGUAACGGAAACCCAUUUAGUUAUUCUACGUGAAAUCCCCAACAAGAAAGGUUUCGCUAAGGUGCUGUCUAGGCGGCUGCUUUCAACGAUUGUUAAGAUCACAGCGAAGAAGAGACACCCUGAAUUGAUCACUUUUAAGUAUGGUGUGCCUGAUGGUGAUAGCUUGCUUAUUAAAGAUAUGGACCGCUUUCUCAUCCCGGAUGCUGCGCUUGCUACUAAAGUUGUUUCUAACCAGAUUGUUACGCAGCUAGACAAUAAAGCUGAGUAAUAUUUCCAUCUUGUUUCAUACUGGUUUAGAUAAUGCAUGAAACUUACUUGCCAUUUUAUCGUAAUAUUAGAUUGUUUAAUUUAUCUACAUUAAAUACUAUACGAUUUGCACAUAGACUAUUAAAUUAAAAUCUCUUAUAAGUACAUAUACAUAUAGUAAAUUAUUUCGCCACUCAUACAUCAAAACGUACUCUGUAUACGUGAUUUUUUUUCUGUAAAGUAGUUUUCUCAGUAUUCACCACAGAGCAUUGCACUAUUCACAGCAUUCCAGUACACUAUUAAUUCAUAUGUUUUUAUUUAAUUGUUAUUUUAAUAUUAUUUUGAUGUUAUAAAUUUUUGUAUUAACCAUUAGGAGUAAUAUUAUUGUGAUUGUAGUACCUACUGACUUAGGAUUUAGAAAUAUAGGUGUAACAAAUAUUUACUAGAGUAUUUAAAUGUAUAUUAUAGAAAAUGUUUUAAUAAAAUGCGCAAAUAAUUUUUAUUUUUGUUAAUUUUUUUUACUGUUUAUCAUUUAGUUUUCGCUCCGAUCUAUUCAUUUCCAUAACGUGAUCGUGAAAUAAUACGUAUACAUUUUGUAACUUAGUAUGUAAUUACAUAGCAAAUAAUUACAUAAUUUUAAUUAUAUUGGCCGUCUCGCCUUGUGUCGCAUGUAGGUACAAUGCUAUCACCAAAAUUGAAGCAAUUCCAUUAUUUCGUGGGGUUUAUUGUAUGAAAUAAUUCUCUAAUGUUACGUGCUUAAAGAUGGUUGUUUUCAUAUUUUCACAACAAAAACUGGUUAAAUUUACCAAAUUUUUAGUUUCUAAGCUCAAGUAAACAAUUUUGUUGUUAACCAUGGUAUCUUCCACCUCAAACGUUCAAAAACUAAUCAUUGAGAUGAAUCUCAAUUAUGAGCUUUUGAACGUUACUACUGAAGUAUUCUUUGAAAAUAAGUUGCUCUGAGUCAUUAGAUGCCUAAAAUUUGUUUUUAUGUGAUUUCCCAACUACCUAAUUCGUAUAUUGGUUUGCUGUUAUUACAUUGAGUCACAUUAAAUGAAUCGACACACUUGACUCGGUAGAAAUUGUCAAACGAAAUUCAUAUAAAAGCUGUUGAUGUAAACGACGACGACUGUUGGUUCGGAUGUUUUUUUUGUGCUAAAAUGCAAUUGCAUAUAAUUGGGCUUCUAGCUAGUUUUGACGGUUCACAGUAUUUACCGUCAAAAUUUGCAGUGUUCAACUGUACACCGAUAUCAGCCCUUACUAUAUACUAUAUAGCUUCCGAUAGCGAUAGGAAUACGUCUGCAUACAGAUUCGAUGUAGUUCGCUCAAUAUCUGUAGCGCUGAUUAUCAAUGUACUUAAGUACUUUUUAUCUUUAUUCGACUAAAAUCAAAUGACUUCUUGAAGAGUACAAUUACAAUGCCAUACAAAACAUGUUCCUCUUAAACUAUUUUAGUGGUUAAUUUGAUCCCCUCCCCCCUUAAACCCCCAUUAGAUAGCUAUUGAAAAUCGUCCAUUGAAAGUUGGUUAAAGCUCGUUCUAUAGUAAUCACCAAACACCAGAUUCUCAAUCAUUGCUGGAAAUUUUGACUUCUUUAUGUAAUAAUCGUACUUAAGUUUUCGCAUUUCUAUGUAUUUUAUGAGUGGACCUCCUUCGAAUUCGUUCCAAACGAAUGUUUGAACAGCGACCGAUAUUGUUUUAUGUAUAAGUUAUUGUUUUAAAGAUUUUAUGAAUUGUGAAACGAGUCAUUCAUUCUUGAAAUAUACUUGAUAAAAUAUA